GUGAGUGGUGAGUGUUGGGAGUCGUGAGUGGUGCGUGCGCUUAAAGUGGCUGGGCGCUGUUGUUGUGUGUACGGCGUGCACGGCCGCGGGACUGUGACUGACAUCAAGAGUCACGAUCGAGCGAGUGUGAGAGAGGUGCACAGUGACAGGCUCAGCAAUUAAGCCCGCUCGCUUGCUGUCCCGCGCCGCUUCCUCCUUCACCAUCACACUUCCCAAAACAAAGGUCAUCAUCCGCGCACGCAUACACACGCACGCAUAUACGCACACACGUACACACGUACACUUGCAAGAUGUCGGACGCAGAGGUGGCCAACCAGUCCACCAUCGACCACGGCUCCAAUGCUGCCGAAGAUGAUUCUCAAGAGGAAGCUUCCCCUCAGCUAGACCUCUCCAACUCUGCCGACGAGACCGAAAAUGUGGCCAAAGAUGGGGAGAAUGGCAUCGGAGAGGAUAGCGGAUUGACUUCGGUGCCUGAUGAGGACGAUGAGCCUCAAGACCAAAAGGAUCAAGGCGAUGCGCCCAAUGAGCAACCCAACGGUCAGGCAGAGGAAGAAAUGCAGUCCAAGGAGAAUGGCGAGGCGGCGGCGGCGGCGGCGGCGGCGGCGGCGGAGCAAACAACCACCAAGCCGACUGCUCCAGUCAAGAAGACCGUUGCCGGCACUACCACCGCUGCUGCUGCCGCCAAGCCUCGAGCAAGCGUGACCGCAGGCGUCAAGACUGCCGCAAAGCCUGGCACCACUACUGCCUCCGCUGCUCGCCCUGCCGCAGCAACUACACGUUCCGCCGUACGCCCAGCAGCAGCAGCAGCAGCAGCACGUCCGGGCGCAGCCGCCUCAACGGCUCGUCCUGCGGGCACGACCGGUGCUGCUGCCCGAGGCAGCGCUGCUGGCACCGCAACGGCCGGUUUGAGAUCUUCUGUCGGGCCGGGUGCUGCUCGUCCCGCAGCCACGACUGGCGCUGCCAGACCUCCCGCCGCGAGCGCACGCUCUUCCCUCGCUUCCAGUACCAACGCCAGGCCCGCAGGUGCAGCUACUGCUACGCGCCCUUCCGCAACGACGGCACCUGCUAGACCGGCACCUGGCAGCGCUACUGCGACGGCUCGAAGGCCUGUUGGCACCCCAUCCAGCACCACCACCACACCAGUCAAGAAGCCAGCAGCGGGCACUACUGCCAGCGCUGUACGUCCAGGCGUCGUUCGUCCUGCAGGCGCCACCGCAACGACUACUGCAUCCCGACCUCCUGUAGCUGGCAGUGGAACUGCUGCUCGCAGACUGAGCACGGCCAGUGCCAGCACCACUGCAUCUGCUCGUCCUAGCGUCGCGGGUGCGCGCCCCACAGCUACGGCUGCGCGCAGCAGCAUCACCCCAAGCUCUGCUUCGGCCGGCGUUGCAGCCAAAAAGCCUCUGACUCCGACCGAGGUCAAGGAAAAGAUCAGCAAGCUAGAGUCGGAGCUGAGCGAGACCAACGAGACGAUCGACAGCUUGCGAUCUGAAUUGGAAGCCAAGGAUGCUCAAGUUCGCGAAAAGGAUGCCGAACUCAGCGCCUUGCAAGCCAAGGUGGAGGGUGCAGCGACCGCCGAGAAGGACGACUCCGAUGCGGAAACCAAGAUCAAAGAGCUGGAUGCACAAGUCGCCCAGCUUAGACUGACAGCAGAGUCCUCGGCCUCCCAUGAAGACCCGACGCCGUUCAAGCAACGUAUCGCCGAGCUCGAAGGUCAGCUUGAGGAGAUGAAAAAUGCCGCGCCAGCCGAGGAUCCUGCUGUCAAAGCUGCACUUGCCGAAGCUCAAAGUGCAGCUACUGCAGCUCGGGAGGCAGCCCACAAAGCUGAGCUCGAGCUCAAGAAACUUCAAGAGGACCAUCAUCUCGCCGAACAGAAGGCUCAAGACUUGCAGACUCAGCUCGACGAAGCGAGCAAGAAUGCAAGCGGUGCAAGGGACGUGCACGAUGGUGAGAUCAGCAAGCUAAAGUCGGACGUGGAGAGGCUCGAGAAGGAGCUCGAAGAGGCAAACGCAUCGCACGGUUCUACUGCUGACAAGCUUCGAGCGGAGCACGAUAGCGUGCUAUCGAGCAUCAAGGACGAGCACGCCAUCAUCCUUGCCAAGUUCAAGAAGGAAAAAGAUGGAGAGAGCGAGCAGACCGCUGCUGGACACGCCAAAGCGAUCGAAGACCUCAGAAGUGAGCAUUCGUCUGCGCAAGAAGCGGCGAUCGCAAAAGCUCUUCAGGAGCAGACCGAGACUCAUGCGUCAGCUCAGGAGGGUGCUUUGAGCAAUCUGCGUCAAGAGCUGGAGGCUUCCCACGCUGCUGCGCUUGAGAUGCUCGGAAAACAGCACGAGGAGAGCACCGCCAGUGCUGUCGAGGCUCACACAAGCGCACUGUCUGCUCUCGAAGCAGCUCGAGAUGGUGAUCGUCAAGCAGCUGAAAAGGCUGCCGAGGCCAGUGCGGCCGAGCUGGCCAGUGUGAGAAAGCAGCUCGAAUCUCAGCAGAGCAUCUACGAUGGCAAGCUGGCCGAGGCGCAAGCCGAACACACCAAAAAUCUUGCAGAAGCAUUCGAAAAGGCUCGAGCUGAAGCUGGAACGACGCACGGAGUCGAUUUGGGAGAGCUAAAGACUCGCACGGAAGGCACGAUCAAGCAGCUGCGCGAGCAACACGAGGGUGAGAUCAGCAGGCUGAAGGAAGAGCAUGCUCAGGCUGUAAUGGAGGCCGAGAGAAGCACGGGCAGCGAGUCCAACAGGCUCAAGCUGGAUCUCAAAGCUGCACAAGAGGACCUCAAGAAGGUGAGAGUUGACCUUGCUCGCCUUGGCGAAGAGAAAGGCUCGUCGGACGCCAAGGUCAAGUCCUUGGAGGAAGCGCUGCAGGCUGCAAAGUCUGCGGAUGCAGAGUCUGCCAGCGCAGCAGCUGCGGCUGCAGAAUUGAAGCAAGCUCACGACCGGGUCCAAGAGUUGGAGGAAGAGGUGAAGAACAGCCAAAAGGCUUUGCAAGAGACUCAGGACGCCUAUGCGAGUCAGAUGGACGAGCUUUCCAAAGCCCAGCAACUUAGCUCUCAAGAUGGCGCAGAGAGAAAUGCGAGGGAGGUGGAAAGGAUUCACAAGCAGCACCAAGAAGAGCUCAAGAAGCAUCUUGAGAAGCACACGAAAGAUGCCGAGAACCUGAUGAAUUUGCAAGACAAGCUGAAUCAGGCGGAAAGGGAAGCUCAAGACGCAAACAGUCGUGCCAAGGUCGCAGAGGCCGCUGCCAACGUUCCAAGUGUUGCUGCUCCUGCAGCAAGCGCAGAGGGUACCUCCGAUCUUGAGCAGCUUCACGCGGCGCACAAUGAAAAGCUAUCCAUCAUCGAGACGCAGCAUCGUCAGACGCUCAAGGCGCUGGAGCAACAGCUUUUCGAAGCUAGGGAGGUAGCCAACAAGAGCUCCAAGGAGCUUCAUUCGGCAAAGAUGGAGCUUGGGUUUGCACAGCAGGAAGCGGAAGAGGUGUCGGCGCUCAAGGAAGAGAUAGAGAGGCUCGAAAACGAAGCGAAGAUGGCCAAGGAUCGUUUGGCCGCUUGAUGCUCCGAGCCACGUCGAUCAACAAACUCCUUUUUCACGUCGGACUCUUGCUUUGACUUUCUUUUUUCGUCUCGUCUCUCUGCGCAUCAAGAAUCCCUCCAUCAUUGAUCUGUCCAUCUUUUUGAACGUCGAUACUUUCAUAUAGCGACACUUGACUGCCCUCUCCUUCUACUACCCGCACCACUCCUUUCUCCCCAACAAAGAUACCAAAUUCAUUACGUGUUGUCCUGCGUUCGCGUG